AUGCAGGUUCUCCAUAUAGAAAACGUGGAAUUUAUAAUAGAUUUGCAAAAAUUUCUUACAUUUCUUGAGAGAAGAGUUAUUUGGCCAAAACAUAUAUUCUGUUUUAAGGAAGACACUAUAAGACGCCUUGUUCUGAAGAAUGUUUCCUAUAUAUUUGACUAUAGAGAGAGUGAUACUCUUAACAGCAGCUACGUCCGCUUUAUUUUAAAUGAAGUCAUUCCAAAAGCAAUUUAUGACAUCAACAAGCUUGAAUUAAGGUGCAACUACCAAAAAUUACGUGAAAUCGACUUGAGCAUCAGUUCAACACGGUCCAGUGGUUACAUGUUCAUGCUGACGGGGUUCCAUAUUUACCCAGAGCUUCAGACCCUAAACUUGUCUUAUUCCGGUAUAAAACAAAUACCUUUGAAGAAUUUUCAUCAAUGGAGAUUCUACUUUCAGAAUUUGUCCUUUCUGGACCUAUCAUACAACAACAUAGAGGAAAUAGAUUAUCUGCUUCUGGACCACGACUGGAAUGUUAAGGAGGAGCGUACUCUUUAUGUUAAUAUCAGCCACAACAACAUCACACAAAUACGUGCAGAGAUUGUAGAAAAGCUCGUUAAUUUUCCUCACUUGUUCCUUAAUUUCAGUUACAAUCCUAUCAACUGUUCCUGUACAGAAGUCAUGGAAACCUUACUACGACUGGUGAAUAACAAAGCCAAAUGGUCGCAAACAAAAUAUCGUCCUUAUCUCUUCCUUCUAGAUAUGGAGUGCGAAUAUCCAAAACAUUUUAAGGGCAGACAUCUGAAGGAGCUAAGUUCAGAAAACCUACAUUGUCAAUUUGAUCGCAUUGACAUCCUUAUCCUCGAACCAGUGAUUUUUCUAUCGGUUUUUGUUUUGAUUCUCAUUAUGGCCAUUAUUUUCUUGACAAAAUACAAGGAAGAAGUAGAAAUUCUUUUCAUACGAUUUAAUGUCUUUCCGUCUUGUGUAGGAUUGACGCGUGCUGAAGAGAAAGUUUACGAUGCGUUCGUGGCCUACAGCAGUAAGGACACUGACUGGGUCAGAAGUGUGUUCGAAAGGACAAACAGUAAUGUACUCCAACAGUUUAAUUUCUGUAUGCAUCACAAUGACUUUGUUCCAGGAAGAACUAUUCAUCAAAAUAUAAUUAACAGCAUCCAAUUAAGUAGACAUACCAUUAUAAUUCUGUCCAAUCACUUCCUGCAGAGUGCCUAUUGUAUGUACGAGUUUCAGGAAGCUUACAAACAAAGUCUGGAGGAGAGCACCUGUCUACUUAUUCUUGUUCUGAUGGAGGAAAUUCCGAAAGGAAGUCUGACAAGAGAACUAAAAACGUGCUUAAGAACACUAAACUACAUAAAGAAAACCGACUCUCGAUUUUAUAGUAAGCUACAGAGUGCCCUGGCUAGUAACCUACAGUAG